GCGGCAGCGACCUUCAGCGAACGGAGGGUAAUUUUAGGUCAUUUUGGCUGCCUGCUUUGUGGACGUAGCUUGUCUUCAUCAUGAGGGCGUGUAUCGUCGCGGGGACGGCCUUGAUACUAGCAACAGUAGUGUUGUGUGACGUCACAAAGGUGAAGACGUCAGAGGUCGCUGAUGGUUCCCUUCCUGAUCACCUAGUUCGCUCUGUUGAAGCUGCAAAGGCGUUUCUCCGGAAGCGGAAGUCAACUGACGCCAUUGCGGGGGACCAGAAAAAGCGAGGCUGGGAGUUUGACGAUGACGAGGAGGAGGAGGAGGAGGAGGAGGAGGAGGAGGAUUGGGAUGUUAAUGGGAGGUACAUCGGGAGUAGAUACCGCUUCCGGACCCACUCAAGGUACCCCAGCAGGAUUAACCUUGGCAGGAUUAACCUUGGCAGGAUAAACUCAAGAUACCCUAACUAUGGUUACAAACGUCGCCAUGGCAACAGGCCUAACUACCGGUACCGAGGUAGAGGCAGGCGAUAGCUACCCAGUAGGUGGCGCUAUAAGCAAAGACGUCGUCCUGUUGGGUCACAUAUUCAGCAAUAAAUCGGUCGAAACUC